AUGCCUAAAAUCCCAGAGCUUAUGGGGGCUCCGCCCCUGAACCCCACCAAGGACCCUUUGGGCGCUUACGAGGAAUGUGGAAAGUCAAAACAUCCGUCGGGGACGUCUCGCAAUGUUAGUAGUGAACCAGAAGCCGGUUCGGGGGAUUGGCCGUGGCAGGCAGCCCUUUACGAUGCACACACAAAUGAAAUUGUGUGCGGAGGCUCUCUCAUUCACAAGAACUGGAUUUUGACCGCAGCACGAUGUUUCAUUGGAGAAAAUACGCUGAGCCAGAAUGGAACAACUGUUUAUCUUGGACUGACACAUAGAUUGAGGGAUAUGCAUUUUAGGGCCCAGGAGUUCAAUGUGAUCGAAGUGAUUACGCACCCGAAAUACAUCAAGAAACUCGAUGGAGGGGAACACAAUGAUAUCGCCCUCUUGCGUUUGGAUCGUGAGGCAAGGCUGAAUCCCUUCGUACGUACUGUCUGUCUUCCACCAAGUCACCAAUCCAGAGCUAAUUGGUACGUGAAUCCUCGGAGGAUGGCUUUCGUCACAGGGUGGGGUCGUACCAGCUUCAACGGACAGAACUCGUUUGCUCUUAUGGAAAUCAUGAUACCACCGGUUCUAGAUAGUUCAUGUCGCAGAGUGAUGAACAAGAAAGGGAUAGCUAUGGAAACGACUACUGAAUUUUGUGCGGGAUCAGAGAACGGGAUGCAUGAUGCAUGCCAAGGCGAUUCAGGUGACCCCUUGGUCGUGCAACGGCUAGAAAAAUACAGGCAGAUCGGGAUCGUGAGCUAUGGCGCCAGAUGUGGUGAAACCUAUGGUGUCUACACCAGAGUCUCACACUAUGUUGACUGGAUUGAGGGAAUCAUUAAUGAGUAG